AUGUGUGCUGCUUGCAGCAGCACCUGCACCAUAGCCAGCAGCAACCAACUAUGCAGCAGCAACAGCAACAGCAGCAGCAGCAGCAGCAGCACCUGCAGCAGCAACAGCAGCAGCAACAGCAGCAGCACCAGCAGCAGCAGCAGCAGACCCUGCACCCCAGCCAGCCCAUGGUACAGCAGCAGCAGCAGUAGCAGUAGCAGUAGCAGUAGCAGCAGUAGCAGCAGCAGCAGCAGCAGGACGACGGAGAUAUCCUUCCCGCUGCCGCUGCAGCAGCAGCAGCAGCAGCAGCAAAGUGUAUUUGUUCGAGGGUUUAGAGGUCGAGCUCUUGGCUUACCAAACCUCCGCCCCUUGCAUAAACCCUCUAAACACAGCAGCAGCAACAGCAACAGCAGCAGCAGCAGCAACAGCAACAGCAGCAGCAGCAGCAGCAGCAGGAAGCAGCAGAAGGGAGGCGUUAGUCAUGUUGCUGAGCUCCUUUGUCGUGUAGCAAGGAGACAAUUAAAUAAAGGAGACACCUCAGGGUUUAUAUCUUCUCUAGAGGCUGCAACGGAGCAGCAGCAGCAGCAGGAGCAGCAGCAGCAGCAGCAGCAGGAGCAGCAGCAGGAGCAGCAGCAGGAGCAGCAGAAGGAGGAGCAGCAAAUAAAUCUAUUUAUAUAA